UGGUUGAGCCAGUUUGCAAGUUUAUCUCAUUUGAACAAUAUGCUGAACGCUUUGUGUCUGGUUCUCUGUUUUAUAAUAGUUUAUUAUUUCUUUUACAAAUCUUUUGAACAACCUGUUCUUGGUAUCUAUAAGCAAUGUAGUAAAUAUAGUUGGAUCAAAUUUGUGAUCGCCAAAGUAUUUUUGUAUCUUAGAAAGCAAAAACCUAUCCAGUCUACCAACAUUGCUCGAUUAGAACAACCCCAGGUAUUAUCAGAAAACAUCCAUGCAGUUGAUGCAGUUUAUUUCAAUGGGUGCGAUUCUCAGCUCUCAUGGUUGGUGUGCGGCACUGCCAGAAGGAGAAAUAGACUCGUAAAUGGCUUCUUCUAUCUGAAAAUUCGGGAAUUUAGUGAUCAGCUGUUGAUAUCUCCAAAGCUUCCGGACACGUGUUUAAGACAGUCUCCUAGCGAAGAGGGAUUCUUUCAAGCAGAAGGUAUCAAAUUGACACCUGUGGAGCCCAUGAAAUCUUGGAAGAUCGAGUAUAAUGGACUGAUGCGCUUCGAACAAGCCAACUCGCAACAUUUUAAUGUGAAACUCAAUGCACUUUGGACAACGGAUUUACCCUUCUUCAAUUUUGCUACAGAUAUGAGUCCCGGCCCGGUAGCAAGAGCUAUGUCAAAGGAGUUGUGGUCGAAGGAAUAUUUCAACAAUCUUAAACAAUAUCAUCAGACGCACUACGAACAUUUUGGAAAGCUGAAGGGUGGUGUAGAAAUUGAUGGUAUUGAAUAUCCUUUGAAUUUGGAUUGCAUGAGGGAUCAUAGUUUCGGAAAACAGCGCAACUGGAAGAACUUUCAUCGUUAUGUUAUGCAUUUCAUACACCUGGAAAAUGGCGAUCGCAUUACUGUUGGUAGAAUUUGUAUGCCAGUAACUUUUUCAAGUCUGGAAGUUGGAUUCGUUUCAUUGGCUUCGGAACGACGUAACCAUCCUAUCACAGAGGUACAACUUGAGCUGUUCCAACAUGGCGAGCAUGAUCAACCACCCACAGACUACGCUUUCCGUUUUUCGGCUGGUGGUGUUCAAUACACAGUGCAAGUAUUGGCUCGAUUGGCCCCACAUUUUUUUCUAGGAAUAGAACAGGAAUGUCGCAUUGUCGAACAGCUAUGCGACUUCAAAGUGAACGGUCUUGCAGGAUGGGGUGCCGCAGAGUGGCAAUACAGGAACUUUGUCGCGCCGGAAAAUGUUCGUAAAUCCUUUUGAUUUUUCAUAGCUAAAAUUCGGCAGAAAGUAAAAAUUAGUUCUAGUUCAA